GCCAUAAAUCGUCUGCUGAUCCAGAGUGGGAACAAACAUAUUAAGUGUAUUGUAACCACGUAAUUCGGCCAUCAAAUUAAUCUGAAGAUGCCAAUUACAUCGCAACAACUGGAAGAAAAACUUAAAGCUGAAUUACAGGCUUCACACUUGAAAAUAGUUGAUACGUCUGAUGGCUGUGGAUCUAAAUUCCAAGCAGUGAUAGUCUCACCCCAGUUUGAAGGAAAGCCAUUAUUGCAAAGACACAGGCUAGUAAACACAGUGCUUGAGGCAGAGCUAAAAGAAAUCCAUGCAUUCUCAAUGAAAACAUUGACUCCUGAACAAUGGCAGAAAGAACAGUCUUGAUGAAGUUUGCUUAUUUUAGGGAAAACUGAGAUUUUCUUGUUAGAACAUUAGUAGAAUAAAUGGCGGUUCACAAUUACUGUUUACACAUUCUGUUUACGAAUGCUGUGAUUCUUGUGUUCGACCAUUAUUCAAUCUGCGCAAACUAUUAGUUCGUAAUUAUGUGGUUGAACAAUUGUGUAAGUUGUUAAUAUCAGUUAUCAAGAACAAAAAUCUAGUUGUAUGUUAGAAUAGCUCAUGCAAUAUGUUUUGGAUUAAAAUGAAGUACUCA